AUGGCUCUUAGUGGCUUGAGGCACAACUACCGCAACAACUCCACCACCACCACCACCAACACCAACACCGGCCGCCGUAACCGUACCUCUAAACGGCGGGCUCCUGUAAACCCUGAGCGGCGCCAACGUCGUGACCAACGGCGGGAGCAGGCCCGUAGGGAGCAGGCGGCCGAAGCCCACCAGCCUCAGGCCCAGCCCCAGGAGCACGGAGUCGACGAAGCCGGUGCCCGAGGAGGCGACCCCCAGACCCAACUGGACCAGCAAAUGGCGGAUUUGGAGAUACCGGCCGAAGCCGGUGAUAGACAAGUUGUGGUCCUCCCUCCUCCCGAUCGACGCUGA